ACGGACGGAAUAAAAUACCACUAGAGACAAAUUCACGUUGAAAGGUAUACGAAAUGAAACUGAGUUUAAUUGUUUUAUCACUUCUGUUGGUAGCGGAGGGGAUCCACAGCUCUCGCUACCGACGCUUCGAUCCGGCUACCAAAGAGAAUUAUUUAAAACAAGCUAGAGGUGUUCUGGAACGAGUUCCGCUUAUUGAUGGUCACAAUGAUUUUCCGUGGACUCUGCGUAAUUAUGCCAAAAAUCAAAUCGCAGCCUUGAAUAUAACUGACUUGACCAAAUUGGAACCUUGGGCCAGUUCUCCAUCGUCUCAUACAGACAUCAACAGACUGCGCCAGGGUCAAGUCGGAGCUCAGUUUUGGGUGGCCUAUGUGGACUGCAAGACUCAAUACAAGGACGCCCUCGCCAAGACAUGGGAACAGAUUGACGUCAUUCAUCGAAUGGUGGAAGCCAAUCCCAGUACUUUCGAAUUUGUUACAUCAGCAAAAGGGAUCUUGGACGCUUUUAGCCAGGGGAAAAUUGGCAGUCUCGUAGGAGUGGAAGGUGGCCAUUCCAUCGACAGCUCAUUGGGCAUACUCCGUAUGAUGUAUGACAUGGGUGUGCGCUACAUGACAUUGACCCAUGCUUGUCCUACUCCUUGGGCGGAUAACUCGCAACUGGACAAUCCAGGCGGAAUGCCUGUCAAUGAUGGCCUCUCUUCUUUUGGCAAGCUGGUUAUUAAGGAAAUGAAUCGAUUGGGAAUGCUGAUUGAUUUGUCGCACGUUUCACGCAAAACGAUGAGAGACGCACUGGAAACUAGCACAGCGCCCGUCAUUUUCUCUCACUCGUCGGCGUACGCAUUGUGCAACAACACGCGCAAUGUACCCGAUGACAUUCUCAAGUUGGUGGCUCAAAAGGGUGGCGUCGUCAUGAUCAACUUUUAUUCGGACUUCGUGACUUGCAGUAUUUCUCCAGCAACUCUUCAAGAUGUUGCAAACCACAUGGAUCAUAUCCGAAAAGUUGCGGGAGUUGAUAACAUCGGGAUUGGAGCCGACUACAACGGUGUCUCAAGGGUACCAGAAGGAUUGGGUGACGUUUCGAAAUAUCCGGACUUGUUUGCUGAGUUAAUCGCUCGCGGUUGGACAGAAAGCGAUCUGGAAAAAGUUGCCGGUUUGAAUUUCUUGCGUGUCUUCAAAGGCACCGAAGAGGUGCGAGAUCAGAUGGCAGCCGAUGGUGUGAAGCCGUUCGACAAUUGGAUUCCGCAGACGGACCUGCCCGUCGAGUCUCUUCCGUGUAGCACCGGCGAUUACAGCAACAACACAUACACUAACCCUAACAAUAAUGCUGGGCGAACUGAAUUUUCUUUUCUCUCCUUUUCCUGUCUCUCUUUAGUUUUUUACUCUUCAACUUUAUUCCUCGGUUAUCUUUAAUUUGCCUAUGAAUAAUUUGCAAGAGCCUAAGCAAAUCUUUAUAUCUUCCAUUCUUCCAGUUAGAUUUUUAAGAUUGUAUCACUUGACUAUGGAAUAUGGAAUAUUCAUGAUUUCAUUAAACUUCCUUAACAAACUUUA